AAAAUUUACAGUUAACAACAUGGUGAAUGAAAAAGGCUGUGAAACAAAGUCAAACCCCAAAAAAGAUGCUUUGGUUUCGUAUUGAUAAAGGCGGCAAUGAUAAGUCGAGUAGCACUCCAGAGAACUCAAAAGGACUUGACAUGAUUCUUGAGAAACAUCUACCAAUAAAGGAUGCUUCUUUGAUUGUGAGGGAAAGUGGGAAGGAGAAACAUAGCAGAAUUAUAAAGUUGACUUCAGCCACAGAUAGACCGUCAUAUGGUAAGGUAAAAUCUAAUGACAAUAAAUCUCCAUUGAUGCAAUCUGAGGAAGAUAAGAUGACUGAUAGGCCAUUCAUGAGGAUUAAGCCAUAUUUUCGGGAGACAAGAGAUGGAUUCUGCAAAGACAGAUACCAAAAGUUCACCAGUGACAGGAAUCAAGAUCAAUAUUCUGGCAAGCACAGAUCGGACUUGAUACGUAUGACGGAACGGGGCAACACCCAUCCUGAUGGUUCACAUGUGUUUCAUCGGUUCAAGAAGUCGACCAGUAUGCGGUAUCCCAGGCAUAAUAAUUCAUCUGAGAUUGGGUAUAUUCCACCGGAUUGUAGGGUGGUCAGAAAGCAUGGCGAGGAUGAAUCAUCAAAUCUCUCUCGUCUUCCUUCCCGAAGGAGGUCUCCUGGCCCUGUGGAUAGGGAAGGACAUCCAGUGAUGGGCGUCCAAGUGGCUGGUCGUUCUUUUAUCAGCCCAGGUAGGUGCAUUGCCAGGGACAUUCCUGAUUCACUUCCACUCAAUGCUGAUGAUAAGCGAUUGAGGGGUCUGCCAGAUGUUAUGGGGGAUCUUCCCCUCCGGGCACAACAUAGGCUGCAAUUUGAGCGAGAAGAAAAUGCUUAUAUAAGAAGAGAAAGGAGGAGCUUGUCACCCAGACCUAGAAGAGGGAUUCCUUUGCGUUUCCGCAAUGAAUGUUCUCCUCACCAGUGGUCUCCACCAAGAAGAUCUCCUAAUAUAUAUGAGGGGCAUCCAGAGCUUGGCCACAUAAGAUCUCCGCCAAUUUUAACUCAUGACAGGAUGAGAUCUCCUAGGCAACGCCCCUACUUUCCAGAGGAUGUCAUUGUGAGAAGACCUGGAUCCCCCCAAUCUUUCAUGACUCGAAUGUCUGAUGAUGGAAGAGAGAUACAUUUGAGAAGAAAUGAUUGCAUGAGGCCUGACAGGGUUCUUGAGAGGAACAUGCAGAGGUUUGAUACGAUUGACCCUCGAGAAACUACUGAAGAAGAAUAUUUAGAACAUCUUCAUUAUAACCAAUUUUGUGAACUUUCUGGAGGAGAUGAACGUGUUGAUGUUAGGAGGAUAUGUGAAGAAAGACGAGGUUUUGUUCGUCCCAUUAGGCAGCGUUUCAACGCUAGCGAGGAUGAGGGUGAUGGUCCUCCUCCUUUCCGUUUUAGGCCUGAGGCAAUGGAGGGCUUUUCUGAGAGAGGUGGUUCUAGGGACUUCAAUGGGCAUAUACAAAGCCGACUAGGCAAUGUCCAUGAUAGACUGCAUGGCAUUAAUGAGCGGGAGCAAUAUCACGGUCGCCAGGGGUGGUCGGAAGCUGAUUUUGCUGGUGUCAGACCCAAGAGACGGAGAAUGUAAGUCCCUGUCUCAGUUAUUUAAUGAAACAAAAUUUAACGACAGAAGCCUACCAAGGCAUUACCUACUCUACCAUCUAGAAAUUCAAACGGCGGUUGACUAAAGCUUUGAUGCAUACCAACAAUCAAACAAUCAGAAAUCUUGUGCAACAAUUAUACAUCGAGGGUGGGUGUGGAAUAAUGAAUUAGCUGACUUCAUAAGUCAACAUUUUUCUUGGCGCAUUGCUAUAAUAGCUGUUAUUUCUUGUUUAUUUCAGCUAAAUACAAAGUCUGCUGGAAUGCAACAUGCGGCCGGAAUAAACCAACCGUGAUGAGUUUCAGUUUUUUUUUAAUCUUAAGCAGGGAUUUUUCUUAUCUUAGAAGAUGAAAAGUCUUGAUAAUUUACAAGUUACUAAUUUUACUGUGAAUGCAACAAAGAUUGAAGGAACAAAGAGGAAGAUGGAUCUCAGUCUGUUCUUAUGGUCUGCUAUAAUGUUAUAUGGUGUUUUAAAAGUAGCUUGUUGACUCUGUUUUGGAGAGUGAAAGAGAGUUUGGAUUUGGUUGAAAGAGUGGUUGAAUGGAAUGGUUGGCUGAUGCUCUAGUAAUUUGCUGCAAAUGGGGGACCUCAAUAGUGUUUUGUGGAUUUUGCCUGCUUGGCUUUUUAA